AUGUUCCGUCGUGCGAUUCCCCUACUCUCUGCGAACAUCCCGCGCAGCGUGUGGGAUCCCGCACAGCACAACCCCAACUGGUCCGACAGCUACGGUCACGACAUAACUAACCGACGAGCGUGGCCGGCGAGGAAGUGGACGGUUGGUCUGGAACCUUGCACUCCUCGGGAGUGGCUUCAGUUCUCACACCGCAAUCUCGCUUAUGCGUACAACGGAGCUCUCCGUGCGUGUCAUUCGCUGCCGUCGAUGCUUCUCUUGUAUAAGGAGAUGAAGCAGCGCGGAGUGAAGGUCGACGUUGACACCAUGAAUGUGUUGCUAACGCGCGCUGCCCGCCAUGAGCAUAUUCAAGUAGAUGACGUGUUCCUGCUAUUCGACGAGCUAGUGGCGCUGGGCGCGCGGCCAGAUCUUGCUGCUGCUGAGACAUUGCACACUGUGCUCAGCCACAGUGCGUCGAUGCCUGAGGAGUGGCGUGAGGCCCGACGGCUGCAACUUGUUGAGCUAUACAAUAAUCUGGCGAUGGAGGAGGUUGAACGCCUGGCACCACACCGUGCGGAUCGGCUACUGAAAGAGCAAAUGAAGCGGUUUCGUGGCAACCUGCAGCAGCUUGGUUCUGGGCUCCGUCCCACUGUGUACUGCCGCUACUUACACACCACGCAUACGGCUGCAGUGCUUCUUGAGGAGGUGCACAAUUUCCUGUGGGAGCUUGUCCCAAAUGACCACCCCGCAAUGGAAAUUCCCGCCCUGCAGUUGCGUGUUCCGUUCGUUGCAUCUGUAUUGAGACGUCCAUCAGUUAAUCCCGGCGUUUCAUUAGCAUCUGUGAGUCGUGCGGAGUUUGGGGACACGGAUGUGUGUGCCGUUUUUCUUGCAGCCGCGGAGCGCAUGGUGGACGCGGAUUUUGAUGACCAACGGCCUGUGUCUGAGCGCCGCUUGUUCCUCUCUCUUCUGACAAUGAUUUCAUACAGUGGUGUUUUGUAUACAUCUGACCUCAUGGCACAACUAAUGGAGAUGGUGAAGUACAGCAAUAAUGACGAGACACGAGACUCGGACGCGCAACGUGUGCUGCGGUAUGCACUGCGCGGCUCUAGUGCGGCACAAGACAGUGCAAGCCGUACUCUAUGGCACAGUGUGGAAAAAGUUGCUGACUGCCGCGUUGUUGGGCGCUAUAUUGGGGCACGCAACCCAUGGAAUCCUAUCCGUGUCUGCUUUGACGAGCAAGGUGUAUUUAAGGCUUACCCAAUCUCCACCACUACUACUACAAGGGAAGUGUCCCCACCUGAGGGUAGCAGUGCGGUGACACAGGAGCAGCGCGCCUCAUGUGUGGAAGGUCGGACUCUGGAGGCACUGAACAUGCGAUGGGAUGAUGUGCGGCGUCUUAUUGAGUGUACCGGUGUCUUGGUGACGCCGCCAUCGGAGCGGUGCCCACAACAGCAGAAAAUGGAGGUCUUCACUGGAAUGGCUGUGUAUCUGCGCACUGUUGCUACAGGGCGACGGUAUGAGGGUGGAGAAGAUGUGCUGAGUGAUGGUGCCGUAGCCACUUCAUCAUGUGAGCAGCGUCGGCGUGGGACCCUGUUCGCUGAAGGUUAUGACUUUGAUGUAUGGGUUCGACUCUUCUCGCUUGUGCAAGAAGUCCGGCAUGAUAUGGAAAAGUUCAUGGCAGAUCAUACUCUGCAGUGUGUGGAACCCGAGUUCGAGUGCUGGGAAGCGCUGCUUGUCACGCUUCGGUGCGCCUUAGACUUUUGCGUGGUGCAGAUGCAAGGUGGUGGUGCGCGUGGUACUGAACGUGAGGUGGUGGAGAGGUUGUUUCGGGACGUUGUGGCACUCCGUGAGGAAUUAAUUGAGGAGAGCCGUACACGAUUCGGAGGGCGGAUGCGGGUGCUCUGGCUACAGGAGGCAUGA